ACACUAUCAUUUUGUGCAAGUCAUCUGAUUGAACUGGUCUUCCAUUCAGAUACCAUGACACAUCAGGAGCUGGCAGUCCGCUGACCUGAAAAGGAAGACACAAGAAGGAGAUGACAGAAUUUUAAAUUAUAUCAUCACUGUGAAUUUGAACUGUGGUUAUUGCCUGGACAUGGCAUUCAAAUGUGACAGACUGACCACUGGUUGUAGAGAUGUCUUGAAGGUGCUGAAGAAGAAACAUAGAAUUCACAGAAUGGAAGAAACUCUUUCACCAUAUGCAAUGAUUUAGGAUGCCUACUGUGGUUGAUGGAAAUUUGAUCUCAUUGCACAAGUUUUCUGUAUAAGUGAGGAAGAGAAGAUUUAUAAGUUGCCCACAUACCCGACUCUACUACAGGCUGAAACUAGAAGGGGAAGAUCUAUUUAACAGCACACUGUAUUUGCAACCUCUCUUGUACUACUUCUUCUCCCAAGAUUGUUGAGCUCAUGGAGGCCAGGGACUUUUAUCCCCAGUACCCAGCCCUUGAAUGAAUUAAGUGAAAUGAUCUCCUGUUGGUUGGCUGGGAGAACCGAGAACAGAGCUACGAUCUCCGGGUGCAUGCACAGUUCAGCGGCUACCGCCCCGGCUGGGCCUCGCACAAUGGAGGGUGAAAGCAUCAAGCCGAGUUCUCAGCCCCCGGUUCAGGCUGGGGAUGAUGAGAAGAACCAGAGGAUCAUCACUGUCAACUCUGCCCACAUGGGGAAGGCGUUCAAGGUGAUGAAUGAACUGCGGAGUAAACAGCUGUUGUGUGACGUGAUGAUUGUGGCAGAAGAUGUCGAGAUAGAAGCCCACCGUGUGGUCCUGGCAGCCUGCAGCCCCUACUUCUGUGCGAUGUUCACAGGUGACAUGUCUGAGAGUAAAGCCAAGAAGAUAGAAAUCAAGGACGUGGAUGGGAGGACGCUGAAUAAGCUGAUUGACUACAUCUAUACGGCAGAAAUCGAGGUGACUGAAGAGAACGUCCAGGUGCUGCUCCCAGCAGCCAGCUUGCUGCAGCUCAUGGAUGUUCGGCAGAACUGCUGUGACUUCCUGCAGUCUCAGUUGCAUCCCACCAAUUGCUUGGGUAUCCGCGCAUUUGCCGAUGUGCACACCUGCACUGACCUUUUGCAGCAGGCCAACGCAUAUGCAGAGCAGCACUUUCCAGAGGUGAUGCUGGGGGAAGAAUUUCUUAGCCUCAGUCUGGACCAGGUGUGCAGCUUGAUAUCCAGUGACAAGCUGACCGUUUCUUCAGAGGAGAAGGUAUUUGAAGCAGUGAUUUCAUGGAUCAAUUAUGAGAAGGAAACCCGUUUAGAGCACAUGGCAAAAUUGAUGGAACAUGUCCGUCUCCCUCUCUUACCUAGGGAUUACCUGGUCCAGACGGUUGAAGAAGAAGCUUUGAUAAAGAAUAACAACACCUGUAAGGACUUCCUCAUCGAGGCCAUGAAAUACCACCUGCUCCCUCUGGAUCAGAGGCUCUUGAUUAAGAACCCAAGGACCAAGCCCAGGACUCCAGUCAGCCUGCCCAAGGUCAUGAUUGUGGUUGGUGGCCAGGCACCCAAGGCGAUCCGCAGUGUGGAAUGCUACGAUUUUGAAGAGGACCGGUGGGACCAGAUAGCUGAGCUUCCCUCCAGGAGAUGCAGAGCAGGUGUGGUGUUCAUGGCUGGUCAUGUGUAUGCUGUGGGUGGAUUUAACGGCUCACUGCGCGUGCGGACAGUGGAUGUGUAUGAUGGUGUGAAGGACCAGUGGACGUCCAUCGCCAGCAUGCAGGAGCGCCGGAGCACUCUGGGUGCAGCCGUGCUCAAUGACCUGCUCUACGCCGUGGGGGGCUUUGAUGGAAGCACUGGCCUAGCAUCGGUGGAAGCCUAUAGCUACAAGACCAACGAGUGGUUCUUCGUGGCCCCAAUGAACACACGGCGGAGCAGCGUGGGUGUGGGUGUCGUGGAGGGGAAGCUGUAUGCUGUUGGGGGUUAUGAUGGGGCUUCCCGCCAGUGCCUGAGUACCGUGGAGCAGUACAACCCAGCAACCAAUGAAUGGACCUAUGUGGCAGACAUGAGCACCCGCCGCAGUGGCGCAGGUACGAGGAGCCUCAGGGCACAGGCUAUGUCUGAUCCACUCCCAGGGGUCGGGGUCCUCAGUGGACAGCUGUAUGCCACAGGCGGGCAUGACGGGCCCCUGGUGAGGAAAAGUGUUGAAGUUUACGAUCCUGGAACAAACACCUGGAAGCAGGUGGCGGACAUGAACAUGUGCAGGCGCAACGCAGGGGUGUGUGCAGUGAAUGGGCUCCUGUAUGUGGUUGGAGGGGAUGAUGGAUCCUGCAAUUUGGCUUCGGUGGAGUACUACAACCCUGUCACCGACAAAUGGACGCUGCUGCCAACCAACAUGAGCACGGGGCGGAGCUACGCAGGUGUUGCUGUGAUUCACAAACCCUUGUGACCCCAAUUCCCACUGCCAGGAGGUGUGGGAGGGGAGGGGUGCUGCCUGUGACUGACAACGGCAGCACCAUGAUGCUGGGGGGCCACUUGCUGCGAGAGUCUGCGGUGGAGCCUGAAGUGCCCUCCUCCCAUGUGGCGAUGUGGCAAAGUGCGUCCAGUGUGAAGGCUGGUGACCUGCCUCCUCCCUGAGCAGUGGGUUCCUGACAGCUCCAGCACCUUUGGGCUUUUUAUGUGUGUUUCUAUGGGAAUACCUGAGAACCUGAAGUGUGUGUAUAUGUGCGUGUGUGUGUAUGUGUGUAGACCAUGGUGUUUCACUAAGUUGGGGAUGUGUGACAAUCUACUGGAUUUCUUUACUACUGAUCCUUCUAUGCUAAAAAUCAAAUCACAGAAACCUCUCUUCUGGAUUUGCCCCAUGGGAACCCUGAGAUGACUAAAGCUGCUGUCUUCUGGAGGCCAGAAAUGUCCAGAAGCAACUGGUGAGAGGGGCAUUGCCCUGACCAUGCCCACAUACUGGCCUUGACUACUGGCACU